CUGUAGCUGAUAGAUACCGAGUAUCUGAGUGUGUUUAGUCGCUUUCGUCGCUUGAAACGUGAAACAUACGACAACUGAAAACGAAAUUAAAAUUGCAACUUUUUGUACGUUACGUCAGUCCCCGUCGCUGUUGUUGUUACAGUCGCAGUCGCACUCGCAGUCCCUGCUGCAGUCAUCAGCGCUGCUAUCGUCGCCGUCGUAGCGGACAAUUUUUGGCGCCGUUUUGUGUGCGCCGCGGAACUGGCUUAAAGAAUAAGCGCGAUUUGAAUUUAGUAAUUGGGUAAACGGUUUUUCAAAACAGCCCGGCCCGGACGCAUAUUGCACAGUACAGACUGCAACAAUAAACAAGGCAACAACAACAACAACAACGAGUGGAACGAAUAUGACCACCUCAACGCCCAGCAGCACCACCACCGCCAGCAACAACACCAGCACCAGCAGCAAUACCAGUAACAACAACAACAACAACAGCAGCUACAACAACAACGAUAACAACAAUCGACAGGGGGACAGCGAGCGUGCAACAUCGGCAACAGCAACGGCAACGGCAACUUUGUACAACAGCAACAGCCCGAGUGCAACAUCAGCAGCCAUAGGAUCAACAAAUCGUGUCAUGCAAGCGGACGAGGAUUUCAACAUACGAUUCGUUAAUUUGGUACGCACGCACCGCUGUCUGUACGACAAGAAAGUGCCGGAGUAUCGCAACAGAGACAACCAGGAGAAGGCCUGGGCGCUGAUAUCAAAGGAGACACGCGAGAGCGUGAUACACUGCAAGGAACGAUGGAGGAAUCUGCGUGCCUGCCUCUCGCGCUAUAUCAAACAGCAGAGCGGCUCGGAGCCGCAGCACAAACCCUAUUAUCUGACCGAGCAUAUGGCCUUCCUGCUGCCCUUCCUCAAGUCCACGCGUAACUCGUUGGAUGGCAAUGCGAGCUUGGCUAGCCUCUAUCAGUUCUCGCAGCAGCACUUGCACCUGCAGCAGCAGCAUCAGCAUCAGCAGGAGCAUUUGUACUGCAACAACAACAACAAUAACAAUAUUGCUCUCAAUGGGUCACUGGAGCUGAAGCAGUCGCUGUCGGAGAACGACGAUGAGGAGACGAUCGAUGCUUUUGAUCCAGCCAUAGCCGCAACGUUGGGCCUCCAGCGCGCUGCACCCACUCCCGGCUCCAAUGUGUUGGCCGCUCCCAGCUCGCCGGCGCAUAGCGAGACGGCGAGCGCGAAUAGCCUACAGAACUUCAUACCCGACGUGCAGCUGGCAGAGUCUGGGCAGGAUCUGAUAUACAACGAUGCAGCCUCCACGCCGCUGCACCAUCAGCUGCAGCACGCCCACAACCAUAUGCUCCACCAUCAUCACAUGCAACAGCAGCAGCAACAGCAGGUGGCGCACUUCGAGCCCAGCAGCGCGAAGCGCAUCAAAACCGAAUGCGAUGCGACGGGCAGCGGCGUCGCUUACUUUGGCGGACUCAGUGCUACGGAGCACACGGACAUGGAGUUCUUCCGUAGCAUUCUGCCUGACAUUGCGGCACUGACGCCGCAGCAGCGACGCAAAUUCAAAAUUGGCAUACUAGAACUAAUCGAUGAGGUUGUGGAGCGCUAUCCAUCGCAGGAGCGAUUGAACGGUGCUGUUCCUAAUGGCAACGGCAGCGGCAGCUCUGCUGCUCCCGGUGGUGCUGGUGUUGGUGGCGGCGGGGGUGGUGCUGGUUCAGCUGGCAACAGCACAGCGGGGCGAUACCAGCGCCGCAAUUCAGGUCGGGAAUACAAGUUUAAGAUCUAAGCACUUUAUAUAAUUUUAGAUGUUUAGUUAGAUAAUCUUGAACUAAUUGAUGCUGAGAGCUGAGAAGCUGAAGAUGCGAGAAGCUAAU